CGGAACUCAAGGGAACAAAGGAACGGAACGCAUUGUAUAGAUAGGCUCCAUCAGAAGGGAAAGGAUCCCAUUAUUAGUCUAGCACAAGACGCGUCGCGCAUAAGUGCAUCAGAUUAUUUGUUCCAAGUGCUGCUUCUACUGCCGAAAUCGGCUCAGGCUAUACUUAAUUAUUUUUCUGGAGUGAACGUCUACCAAGUUCUCCUUUUUCACAUCACUCUCUACGUAUAUCUCCAGAUAGAAGUUGUGUGCAGAUUCUCCUCGAGUUAAAAUCUCGCGCGCACCUCGCACGCUAUAAAUAUAUAUAGGUAUAUAUCGCAUGUUUCCAUUUCGGAGUUCGGAGCACAUGACGGCCGGCGGGUGUUUUUUGUAUACAAACUACAAAUUGAAUGCACUCGGGUAUGAAGGAUAAGCAGCAGAAGACAAAGGUGCGCCAGAAUGUGCAUUUUCUGCUGUAAACAUGCAUCAGUGCGCAGUCGUUUAUAUUUAAGGUGAAAUCAAAUCCGAUUCUGACGAUCUCUUUCGGAGUGAUUGACCGAAUAGGUUUAUACUCCAACAAGAACUGCAGUAAGGUUACAUUGUGUAAAUUUGUUUUUUCAUUGUAAACAAUAUAAAACGUAUCGCAAAGCUGUUAAUAGACAGAUAGACAAAAAUGUCUAGUUUAGCAAAACUUGAAGAGUUAAAGAUGGACAUCAGAUCUUUGCUGGUGUCGAGAAAUAGCGAAGACAUAACCUUGCCAUUAUUAAAUAGGCUAUACAAGGAUAUUACAGACAAAGAUAUUCCUUAUACUGAUUUUCAUUACACAAGUCUCAAGCUGUUCUUAGCUAGUAUGCCUGAAAUACUUCAUCUUGAAAAUAACAAAAAAAAUGAAUUAUGUGCUUAUCACGUUGAAUCUGAAAAAUCAAAGCAUAUAAGCAUUUUAGUCUCCAAAGAAAAAAAGGACACUGACAAAGAGAAAAAAGAUCGAAGGAGAAAGAGAAAUCUGAUUGAUCCUAGAAUGCUUAAUGAAAUUUUAUCAGAACUAUGUGACAAUUCAACAGCACAACAUGGUGUGAAUAAAAAAGUAAAAAAAGCUGAUGUUUUGUCUAACAUACAAAGUAAAAUUGGAGAGUAUGCAUUCUACGAUGCACAGGAUCUUAAUAAUCAGCUGAAUGAAUUGACACACAUUUUAUACUACACCGAUGAAUUUAUCUAUUUCAAGCAUGGGGCUUCUUUAGUUAAAAAAAGGACAAAUAAUAAAAUGAUAGAUGCACAUUCCAGAAAUGAUAUGGACAAAAAAACUGAAGGUUUUGUACAAAAUAGUUCUGUUGGUGACUUGAUUAGACCAAGUACAAGAGAGAGAUUACAAAAAUUAAUAGAAAAGCAUCCUAAUGGAAUUUGGUGUAACCAACUUCCAAAAUUAUAUCAACGUGAAUUCAAGCUUGAUUUAGAAUAUACUGAUUUGGGAUUUAGCUGUGUAAUAGAUUUUGUUUGUGCAUUACCAGAUAUUUUACAAAUUGUAACAGCUCCCAAUUCUAAACAUUACGUCUUAGAUGCAAGAACUCCAGUAGAUAAUUAUGAAUAUCAAUCAUCCAAUUUAAUUUAUGAAAAUAAGGUUCUAGAAGAAUCAGACAAUGCUGCAGCAUUACCCGCAAACUUGCAGUCUACCAGUGUCAUCGAAUCACUGAAGCCUGAUGAUGUUAUGUAUGAUGAAACCAUUGAUCAUAUAAACAUCCCAUCUGUGAAGGAUUUAGACGUAAUUAUUUCUGAAGUAUAUCAUCCGUCAUUUUUCUGGGUCCAUUUUAUGGAUAAUAAAAAAGUCGUUGAUAGUUUAAUGCAAUAUUUGCAAGAAUUUUAUAGAAGUCACGAUUUAUGCCGCUAUAAAAUGCCAUCAAUAUUAGUAAAACCCAAAGUACACGUGGCUUGUUUAUUUGAUAACAUGUGGCAUAGAGGUGUCAUUAAAAAGAUGACUCCAGAAGGACCAAUGGUACAUUUUUAUGAUUAUGGAACUAAUGAAAUUUACAGUUCAGAAGAUUUGUAUUUUCUAUCCAAAAAGUUUUCUGCAAUACCUAAACAGGCAAUACGGUGUACUUUGCUCAAUGUGAAACCAGUAGGAGCUAACAAAUGGUCUUUGGAUAUCAGUUCCAAGUUUACACAAAGAGUCUUUAACAAACCAUUUGUGGCUCAUAUAUCAAGCAUUGAUCACGAGGAAAAUUCUAUGGUUGUUGACUUGGUUGAUACAAGCCAUCAUUCAAUUGACAUCUAUAUUAGUAGAUGGAUGGUAAAAAAUAAAUUUGCUGAAUGGAUUACACCAGUUACGAAAACUAUAUCUGCUCUGAACAAUUGCAAUCAGUACAUGCAAAAGCUGAGUCUUGGAUCAUCUUUAGAUGAUACUAACAGUAAAGAAGAUACAGAUAUAAAACAUAACAUUAGUAUCGAAAGUGACACAACUUCUGAAAACAGUUCAACAACUGACUUAAGUUUUCUGUCCAUCAAAUCAUCUAAAAAAUUAGAAAUAUUGAGAAAAUAUAAAAUGAAGUUUUUGAAUAACUCAGCAGGACUUUCUUCACCAUGUUAUAGUUCCGAUGGUGAUUCAAGUAAUGAAAAAGAAUCUAGUUUUAAGGGUCCUACAAGAUACAAUUAUUGAUGAAUUGAAAAUUAUAAAAUGUUUUUUUUCUUCUCUGAGAUAAUACUUCCAAAGAGUAGACUACAAGCUGUUUCAUGGAAGAAUGGUGUCGUAUUACUAGUUGAUACAGAUUCAAAAUGAAGCUGCUGUUAAAAAUAAAAAGAUAGUUUAUUAGAAAAGAUAUUAAGAACAAUUGUUUCAUUAUAAAACAGUUGUCUUUAUAAAUGAACUGCUGUUUUUUCGGCGAUGCCAAUAUAGGCACGUGUAAAUCAUUUAUAUUUUUUAUACAUAUUUUUACUAUAAGUAUUUAGAAUGUUCUGAGACGCAGAACUUUCUAUAUUAUUGUGCAAUCAGAUAAAUUAUUUAUGUAUGAUAUAUUUUUCAUAUACAAAGACGAUAAAAUUAAAGAUGAUGAGAAGAUGAUUUAUUGUAUGGCUAUGAAAUGUUAUUUUACAAUAUUAUAGCAAUAUCGAUUGUUAUUGCGUAAAUAAUUAUUUAUACUGUGAAUGCUCUAACUUGUAAUAAAUUUAUACUUUUAU